AUGCCUAUACUCGUUCUCGAGACAAUCAGACCCAAAGUUAUUAUGGGAACGGAGACAUGGCUGCAUGACUCGGUUUCUAAUUGCGAAGUUUUUCCCCCUGGUUUUUCCGUAUACCGCAAAGAUAGAAAUGGACACGGAGGUGGUGUGUGUUUGCUAAUUUCAUCAGACUGGAGUAGUAGUGAACUAGUUUUUUCCGAAAACGACACUGAGUCUGUAUGGUGUCGAGUAGUUUUACCUAAGGGGACCACUUUAGUUUUUGGUACAUUUUAUCGCCCUCCAGAUAGUGAUGCGUACUCGAUAGACAAAUUGGGUGACUUGUUGACGACAAUUCCAGAUAGUGUAUUCUUGGGAGGAGACUUUAAUCUACCAGGGUUCAACUGGUCUGAUGAAGUUCUUGCUACAGAUGGACCCCGCGCUUACUCGAUGUUUGCUGACAUAAUCAGUGUAUUUGGAUUUGAACAAUAUGUUAAAAAACCGACGCGAGAAAAUUCUGUCUUGGAUUUAAUUUUAUGCAAUUUUCCUGGCGUUGUAUCCGAGGUCACUGUACUUCCCGGC